AUGCGUUCAAUGGGACAACCCACAGCAGUACAAAUCCCAGCAAAGACGGAUGGUGCCCUCAAACACAAGGAAGCUCGCAUGGAAGAGUGGUCACAGCUGCCUCUUCGAGAAUGGCCCGAUAUGGAGCGUUGGCUGACAGUUAUGUCGGACCGGUUUACCAUUGGGCAACCAAGUGACGUGGUUUCAGACACACCAGGAGGUGGCUACGCGAUUCCUAUGACUCCUGUUCACGAUAAACCACAGACAUUGGGAGAGCAGCCCCAUUCCAGACUAGUUUCAUAUGCAUGGCAACCUAGGGAAAAUAGGGUCAGUACUGGGAAUGCAUACGAUGCUUAUCAACCUAACCCCAGGGCAAUGGAUUCGCCAGUAUAUUUUGGAUACCAGAUGGUGGAACCUGAACCCGUGCCGUCUCCAGGUAGUUCCCGAGACGGAAUAACUGGCAUCGAGGGUGCGGUCAGUGUUUCGGUGGAUGCAUCAGCAGGAGCUGGAGUGGAGACGGGGUUGAGUAAAGCUGAGGAGCUGUCACACCAUAAUCCGAGUCUUUAUUUUUAA